GGGAAUGUUUACUAGUUGAAGCUGUAUUCGCGUAGAAACAGCCUCUCCACGUUUGUUUUGACUUUGCCGCUAAGCUAGGCGGCUUUUAAGGGGUGCUAAUAUAAUUUGUGUCAUUUAUAAACACACUUAUCAACCGUAUUCUGACAUGUACUGUUUACGCAAGAAAAAACAUUUUUUUAAAUAAACAACAGGACGGGUGCUAGCAAGCUAGCUUUUGCUGACGACCGAAAUCCCCCGUCCUAGUUUAGAGACCAAUAAUCUUCCUUUUAUCAGCGUUAGGGAACCUUGUUUCGCUUUGCAGUUCAACCUUUUGCCGUUUUGUGGUUGUUAACAUCGGGCUUGUUGAGGUUGUGUAAACAAAUGAGGCUGGAUUAAGUGUGUUUGGGCAAGUUUGUCACUUUAAACUCAGCUCUUCACAAACCUUGUUACAUAAUGUCUCUAGUGGAUAAAUGUUGACAAGACGUGACACCAUGCUAGCCACAGUAACUGCUGUGGUUAGCUUUGCUCAGCCCAAUGACACAGUUUCACCUCCAUCAUCAGAGAACACAUCAGUAUUCCCAACCUGGCAACCUGAUACCCAAUCCAACAUCAGCAAGCCUCACAAAUGUCUCCAGUUUCUGUAUGAGGAUGUUGGGAACUCCAGGGUGCGCUUCUGGGACAUUUUGCUGUUGGCACCAAAUGUUGCCUUCUUCAUGUUCCUGAUGUGGAAGCUGCCCUCAGCCAGGGCAAAGAUUCGACUCACAUCUAGCCCCAUUUUUGUUACCUUUUACUUGCUGGUUUUUGUUGUUGCAGCAGUUGGAAUCGCCCGAGCGAUUGUGUCUAUGACUGUCAGCACGUCCAGUGCUGCAACCAUCGUAGACAAAGUGCUGUGGGAGAUCACCCGUUUCUUCCUGCUAGCUAUUGAGCUGAGUGUUAUCAUCUUUGGGCUGGCCUUUGGUCACCUAGAGAGUAAGUCCAGUAUAAAACGUGUGCUGGCCAUCACCGCUGUCCUGGCUCUGGCGUAUUCCAUCACACAGGGGACGCUGGAGAUUUUGUAUCCAGACAAUCAUUUGUCUGCUAAAGACUUCAACAUCUACGGUCAUGGAGGUCGGCACUUCUGGCUGGUCAGCUCCUGCUUCUUCUUCCUGGUGUACUCCACGAUCGUCAUCCUGCCCAAAACCCACUUGAGGGAAAGGAUAUCCCUGCCAUCCAAGAGGAGUUUCUACGUGUACACCGCCAUCCUGUCUUUACUAAACCUGGUUCAGGGUUUGGGCAGCGCUCUGCUGUGUGCUGGAAUCAUAGAGGGACUCUGCUGCGUGGACGUCACCACCUUCCUCUACUUCUCUGCUUUUGCUCCACUCAUUUAUGUCGCAUUCCUCAAGGGCUUCUUUGGCUCAGAGCCCAAGAUCCUGUUCUCCUAUAAGUCUCAGGUGGAUGAGCCAGACGAAAGCGACGUCCACCUUCCCCCGACGAUAGCUGCAGCCCUCGGCCGACGGGACCUCCCUGACCAGGGCCUUUACUACUCCUCCACUCAGAUCGAUGGAACUGGUCCCAGCAGCUCCCGUCUGGCUGGUAACUACCUGGAUGAUGUUGCAUCGGGACCCUAUGGGUCCAACAGUAUUAGCAGCAUGGAAGCUGACCGCUGGAAACCGAUCAACGUCUGAUCUUCAGCUGGACAUGAUUAUGGUGUUUUAGGACGGUGCUCAUGGAAGUGGCCAAAACAUUGCAGAUCCAGGUGGUUGAACACUGAGGAACUAAAGUCGUGAUCUUUCUUUGAUUCCAGAGUGAGUUCACAAGUGGGACACGUAAACAGACCAUUGCUAACUGCUAACAGUGGUGCCAUAGUGUUCUGCUGCUGCUGUGUCUCCUCACCAGGACUGCUGCUCCCAUGUGGACUGGACUGUCUCCACUGGCCUUUAGAUGUGAAUGCUGACUCAGCACAUUCUCUUUAGCUCCAUCAGCUAAACAUCAGCUGCUCAGUCCUGAUCGGUGUUCUAAAGAAGUCUGUAAAUCAGUUUUGGUGGAAAAAACACAUUUGUACAUUCCCACUUAAAGCUUUGGAUAACAGCAAGAAAUGCAACAAAUCAGUCUGAUCGAUGUCCUCAUAACACAGGGUGUAUAAUCUAAAGCUGUUUAACUUGUCCCAACAUUAGUAGCUCCCAAAUACAAGUAUUUAAAACAUAAAAUCACAUUUCACCCAAUAGAUAUCGAUGUUUUCAUGGCAUUUAUGCUUUGUCAUUUUCCAGUUUUGCUUCUUCUUUUAUUUGAAAUGAAUCAUUCCAGUCUGUGCAGAGCCUUCAGACUCCGGGAGGAAGUAAUUAAGCUCUGCUCGUGUGAAACUUUUUGGUGUUUUCCAGUUCAAACAAGCUUUCGUUUUCACAGCAGCAGAUCUAAUUCAGUCAUGUUCUCUAACUGGCUGGUGCAGCUGAUUUUACCAGCUUUAUUGUUACAACGGCUGAAAUGAGACCAGAAAUGUUAUUGGGUUUUAUAGUAUUUAAAGUAGUAGUAUUACAUUUUCCAAAUAUAAUUAAGUUAUUUGAGUAAAGACGCACUGAGACUAAUGGGUAAUUUUAUGAUUAUGCUAAAACCAUAAAAGAAUUGGGUCAUUAUUACAUUAUUCUUUCACUUAUCCAUCUAAUAAAAGAGUUAACUUAAAGAUUUAUCUCACUUAAUUUUUCCUGCCAAUGAAAUCAGAUUAAAUGCAUUGUUUAACAAGUUUCUUAUUUAAUCGACAUUUUAUUAGGUUGUAGUGAGCUGUAUGCAGAGAGUUUUGGUCAGAUUUUUAAAUUUAUAAACAAAAGGAGCAAGACCGUACGGAAAAUGUUUCAAGUAAUUCUAGCUUUGCCAGAUUUAAACAGGUGUGAUGUUGGGUUGUUUUCUGACCACACGUUAUAAAUUACUAUGGAAUUAUUUUGUCUUCAAAUGCAAAAUCUUUCACAGUGAAAUUGUUUUGCAAAUGUUCGAAUACCAUGUUGGCCGUUCCAUAAGACUACAAAAUAAACUAUGGACUAUU